AUGGUGUCACUACUACUAUUGACAUUAUCAAUAAUUACUUUAUCAUUAUCCUUCACUCCUGAGAUAUCAUUAUCAACACAUGAUGAUUUUCCCGAAUUAAUAAGAUAUUUUGAUGAUUCAAGUACAAUUUUGACUUUAAAAAAUCAUAGAGCAUAUAUAUCUCAUAAUGAUGGUAACCUGUUUGAUUUAAUUAAUGAUAUAAAGGAAAAAGUUAUACAAUUUGAAUUUGAUCCAUUUGUAAAAGAAAGAGCAUUUAUAAUAACUGCAACAAAUAAUCAUUAUGUUACUCGAGAUAAAGGUAAAAAUUGGUCAAAAUUUGUAUCAAAUAUUUAUGAAUAUAACGAAGAUGGUUUAGCUUCAAUCCCAAAAAUGGAAUUUAAUGCAGCUGAUUCACAAAUGUUAAUGAUCUCAAAUUAUCAAUGUCCUGAAUCUGGAGAAUAUAAUCAUAAAUGUCAACAUAUUUUUCAUUAUACAACUGAUGGAUUUAAAACUAAAAGUAAAAAAAUUCCUAUAAACGCUCAUGUUUGUAGAUUUGCAAGAUCAACUACAGAAUCAAUAAUUGGUGAAGGCUCAACUAUUUAUUGCUCAGAAAAUGAAUUGAAUUCUUUUAAACAUAUUAUACUGUCAAAUUUAUAUAAAUCAGAAGAUUUUUUUACGAACAAAAAGGAAAUAAAAUUAUCAGAUACUGGGAAUGGAGCAAUAAUUGAUAUAAAAGUUGAAGAGAAUUUUAUGACUAUUGUUUCAAGAUUAGAUAAAUAUAGUGAACAUUCCAAAAUUAAUUUAUAUGUUACAAGAGAUGGUGAAGAAUUUAAUAAAGCAGAUAUUCAAAUUGAUAUUAAAUAUGGAGUUAUGUCAUUUUUGGACUCAUCUCCUUCUUCAUUAUUUAUAUCAGCUAUUGAUUAUAGUCAAGAUGUUUCAAAAGUUUCAAAAUUAUAUAGCUCAGAUUCCUUGGGUUUACGUUUUAAAGAAGUUUUGGAUAAACUUUCAUACGUGAUGAAAGUAGAUUAUAUUGAUGGUGCUUGGUUAGCAAAUGUUGAAAUUGAAUCUCAAGAAGAUAAUGAUCAACAAAAAUCAUUAUAUGAUUAUUUAUUUGGUGGUAGUACAACCACUAACUUAAUUUCCAAAAUUUCUAUAAAUGAUGGUGAAGAUUGGAAUCUAUUAAAGUCAAAUGAUGAUAGAUGUAAAAUUGAAGAUGGUUGUUCAGUACAUUUAUGGUCUUAUGGUCAAUUAGGCGGAGAAGGUAAAUUUAGAACUGGUCCAACACCUGGAAUUUUAAUGGGUGUUGGGACUCAAGGUAAAUAUUUAGCAAAUAAUUAUGAUCAAAUGAAAUCUUUCGUUUCAAGAGAUGGAGGUAUUUCUUGGGAUCUUGCUUUGGAAAGUGCUUGUGUUUUUUCUUCUGGUGAUAAAGGUAACAUUUUAUUAGCUGUACCUUAUAAUGGAGUAGUCAAACAUGGACCUGUUGAUUAUUUUUAUUAUUCAUUAAAUCAAGGUAAAGAUUGGGAAAAAGUAUCACUUGAAAAAGAAAUUUUCGUAAUUGAUAUAUUAACUACUAUUGAUGGUACUUCCAAAAAAUUUUUAAUUGAUGGUUAUUCACCACAAGAUAGAGGUGGAGCAAGAGAAUUAUUAUAUUACGUUGAUUUUGCUGGAGCAUUUGAUGGAAAAACUUGUCAGGAUUCAGAUUUUGAAGAAGUUUAUGCAAGACAAGUUGGAGAUGAUCAACCGUUAUGUGUUUAUGGUCAUAAAGAAAAAUUUAGAAGAAGAAAACAAGAUGCAAAAUGUUUUGUAAAUCAAUUGUUUCAAGAUGUUAAAGUAUAUGAAGAUCCUUGUCAAUGUACUGAAAAAGAUUUUGAAUGUUCGUUGGGUUUUAAACCAAGUGGUAAAGGUGGUGGUUCUUGUAUACCUGAUCCUAAAGCUAUUGCCAAUUUAUGUAAAAAAUCAGGUAAACUGCAACUUGAACUUUUUGAUAAAUCAAAAAUUAAUGGUAAUAUUUGUGAUUUUGGGUCCAAAAAUUUGGAAACUUUUGCAUCAAAAGAAAGUUUCAAAUGUUCAGAUUAUAAUAAACCUGAUGAUGAAAAUAGUGGUGAGAAAACUGAUAUUGUUGUAAGUAAAAAUGAUAUUGAAGGUACUAUUACUCAAUAUAUUUAUGUUAACACUCACCUGGAAGCAAAUUUGGCAGAUAAUAUUGUUUUAAAAACUAGUGAUGAUCGUAUAUAUGUUUCAAAUGACGGAGGAGCUGGUUUCACUAAAGUCCCUGUGCACGAUAAAAUAAUUGCAUUCUAUACUGGUUUUGUACCUGGUCAAGUUAUUUUGGUGACUGAUUCUACUACUUUCUAUUAUUCACAAGAUGGGGGUGGAAUGUUUAGAAAAUAUAAAGCUCCGAAUAAACCCGUAGCUUCAGUUCCAUCACAAAUUUCAUUUCAUAAGAGAGAUCCAAGAAAAUUUAUAUGGAUGGGUGGGGAUUGUGAAAGAAAUGAUAGGAAUUGUGAUGCAUCUGCUUAUUUUACAAAUACUGGUGGUGAAAGUUUCAACAAGAUUAUGGAUAAUGUUGUAAUGUGUGAUUAUGUUGGCCCAAUUUUUGAAAAACAAAUUGAUAAUUUAAUUUAUUGUUCAGCAAAAGAUUCAAAUGGUAAAAAAUCAUUAUAUUCCAUAGAUGGUUCCAAAAAGCCAGAAAAAAUAUUUGAUGAUAUUGUUGGAUACGCUAUUACUGGUCAUUUUGUAGUUGUUGCUGUUAUUAAAGAUAAUUCAUUAGAAGCUAAAGUUACACUUGAUGGUAAAACAUUUGCUGACGCUGAUUUCCCAAAAGAUUUAAAAGUUGGUAAACAUCAAGCAUAUACUGUAUUAGACUCUACAUCAAAUGCUAUUUUCAUGCAAGUUGAAACAAAUCUUGAACAAGGAUUUGAAUAUGGAUCAUUAUUAAAAUCAAAUUCAAAUGGAACUUAUUUUGUAUUAUCUUUAGAACACGUAAAUAGAAAUUCCGUGGGUUAUGUUGACUUUGAUAAAAUUGAUACAUUAGAAGGUACAAUUAUAGCUAAUAUAGUUGCAAACUACAAAGAAGGUAAAGGAACCAAAAAAUUACAAACUUUAAUAUCAAGAAAUGAUGGUAGUGAAUGGGAUUAUUUGGCACCACCAGUUGUAAAUUCCAAAGGUGAGAAAUAUUCAUGUAUUGGACAACCAAGAUCAAAAUGUGCUUUACAUUUACAUGGAUUUACUGAAAGAGCAGAUUAUAGAGAUACUUAUUCGUCAGGUUCAGCAGUUGGAUUCUUAAUGGGUGUUGGUAAUGUUGGAGAAUAUUUAGCAGAUUUAGAUUCUUCUUCAACUUUUUUAAGUAUUGAUGGUGGUAUUACAUGGAAGGAAAUUAAACAAGGAGUUUAUCAAUGGGAAUAUGGUGAUCAAGGUACUAUUUUAGUUAUUAUUGAUUCACAAAAGGAAACAGAUACUUUAAUUUAUUCGUUAGAUGAAGGUUCAACAUGGAAUGAUUAUAAAUUUACUGAUAAUAAAGUUAAAAUUUUAGAUUUAGCAACUGUACCAACAGAUAUCUCAAGAAAAUUUUUAAUAUUAGCAACUCAUCCAAAAGAUAUCAGAGAUACUUUAACUUUUUCCAUUGAUUUCACAAAUAUUUAUUCAAGACAAUGUCAAUUAGAUUUAGAUAAACCUGAUAAAGAUGAUUUUGAAUAUUGGUCCCCAUAUCAUCCUGAAGGAGAAGAUAAAUGUUUAUUUGGUCAUGAAUCCAAGUAUUUGAGAAGAUCACAAAAACAAACUGAUUGUUUUAUUGGAUCAGCACCAUUAAAUGAAGGUUAUAAACAAAUAAGAAAUUGUUCAUGUACUCGUAGAGAUUAUGAAUGUGAUUAUAAUUAUCAACGAGAUUUAACUGAUAAUACAUGUAAAUUAGUUACUGGUUUAACAGCAGAAGAUCGUAAAAAAGAUAUGUGUUCAAAACCAAAUGCAUUCCAAUAUUUUGAAAGUACAGGAUAUAGAAAAAUUCCACUUUCAACUUGUGAAGGAGGUAAACAAUUUGAUACUUGGUCACCAAAACCAUGUCCUGGAAAAUCAAAAGAAUUUGAUGAAUAUUAUGGUAGAGAAGUUAAAGGAUCAAAAUUAUUUUUAGUUUUAUUUGUUCCUAUUAUAGUAUUUAUUUCUGUAACUUGGUUUGUUUAUGAUCGUGGUAUAAAACGUAAUGGAGGAUUUAUAAAAUUAGGUCAAAUUAGAUUAGAUGAAGAUGGUGAUGAUAAUUUUAAUCCAAUUGAAAAUAAUCAAGUUGAUGUUGUUGUUAAUAAAAUUGUUAAAAGUGGGAUUUUUACAGCUGCUGUUUUGAUUGCAAGUUUUAAAACUAUUAAAAAAAUAGAUAAAUUAAUAAUUGAUAAAAUUGGAAAUGUAAUAUUUAAAAGAAAUCCAGGUAGAAGAAAUUAUGUAUCUAUACCUGAAGAAGAUGAUGAAUUAUUUGGAGAAUUUGAUGAAAAUGAUAUUGAUGAUGAAUUAGAAAAUGGUGCUCAUUAUUCACAAGAUAUUUUUAGGGAUAAUGAACAUCAAGAAGAUGCUGAACUGUUUAAAGAAUCUGAUUUAACUGAUUUUAAUAAAAAGGAUCUGAACUCAACUAAUGAGAGAUUAUUUGAUAUUGAUGAUGAUGAAGAUGAUGAAGAUGAAGAAUCAGAAGAUCCAAAUAAAAAAUAG